AUGUUAAAUGUUAAUAGUAUUCUAUUAAUUUUUAUUCAAGUAUUUAAUUUAAUUCAUAGUCAAUGUAAUAUCAAUGGUCUUAUAUCAUGUAAUCAAGUACCUGUUGAAUGUCUUGAUUGUAUAUUAACAACAAAUUGUAUUUAUGGUGAAGAACUUUUAAGUUCAUGUCGAAUGUUUAAUGGUUCAUGUACAAAUAAUGAUAAUAAAAUUGUUUCAUCAUUUCAACGUUUGUAUAUAUGUCGAUAUUGUUAUCAAACACCAUUAGAUGAACUUGCUUGUACACCAAAUAUUGCUUGUCGUCAUCAUCAAAAUUCUAAUCGUUAUAAAUCAAAUUGUACAUUAGCUGAUGAUACACAACUUUGUUUAGGUUCACGAACAUUUUAUCGUAAUAUUGAAUGUAAUUGGACAAGUGGUCAUAAAAAAUCAAAUGCUUUAUUAAUAAGUAUUUUUUUUGGUGGCCUAGGUUUUGAUCGAUUCUAUUUGGGACAUAUUAAAGAAGCACUUGGAAAAAUUUUUUCAUUUGGUGGUCUUGGUAUUUGGACAUUAAUUGAUUCUGUACUUAUUGCUUGUGGUUAUUUAACACCAGAUGAUGGUUCAGUUUAUAUGGAAUAA